GAAAGACUGGAACGGGAAACAAAACGGAAUGUACCAGAUUUUUUUUGCACAUGCAACCAUCCACAAUCAAGAUUUCACUAACAGUUUUAGAUUUUAAUAAGAUUUAAGUGAUGCUCCCUUCUUCAUCUUGUCUCUUGAAUGCAUGUGAUACUGGGCCUAAUGGCAAUGCUUUGUGACAUUUACAGGUGAGAGAUAUGUGCCAAAAAUAUGCUGAAAACGCUAGGAAAAGGUUGAACUUCUAUUCAGAUGCCAUCUUGUCCCAAGACAGCUCGGCUGCACUUGGCUUUAUUUUACAAGCACAGCCCUUGGCUCAAGUAGGAGAAAAGCUCCUUCAAAGUAUCAAACACAAACAGGAAGCCUUAAUGUGGGAGAGACCAAAACUCAGAAAUAUCCUGAAACCAACUUGCAUGGAUCUGGGAGAAAAAUUGCAGGACAUAGAAAUACCCUUGAGAGGGAUUGCAAUUGCUGCAACUUCUUGCCCUUCUUUUCCUGUUGCCUUGAUUAAGAAUGUGCAACCAGAUGCUUUACAUGACAUGAAAAGGCGAAUACACGACAAGCUGGAGCAACUCGAGCGUUUUGCACCCUUAUGCAUACUAAAGAAAAAGAAAAAAUCUUUGGAUGAGUCCUUCUGGCCCCUCGAAACCAUUUUUCGUGAAGAUUUGCUGGCUUUCUUUUUUCUGGAUUGUUUGAAACUCCUCCAACAAAAUACUGAGGCAGUUGAAGAAUGCAGGGAGAGCUACUCUGAAAAUGAAAGUUCACAUGGUUCAGAAAAUCAAAGCCAUGGUGGUAUCAAAUGGAGCUGGAGCAUUUCAUGCAUUAUACCAAGCAAAACAAGCCUAUUUUUUGCAGUUAAGUGCUCAGUUUCAUUAGGCCUUGCUGUGCUAUUGGGUUUGUUGUUUAAUGAGAGAGAAGCAUAUUGGGCAGGCCUCACAAUUGCAAUAAGUUUUGUCAGAGGAAGACAAGCAACAUUUACAAUUGCCAAUGCCCGAGCACAAUCUACGGCCAUGGGAUCAAUCUACGGAAUCUUGUGUUGCUUUAUUUUCCGUAAAGUUGAGAAUCUAAGUUUCUUACCUCUUCUUCCUUGGUUAGUUUUCACAAGCUUUCUAAGGCACAGCAGGAUGUAUGGCCAAGCUGGUGGAAUAUCAGCAGCUGUAGGGGCACUGCUGAUACUUGGUAGGAGACAUUAUGGCCCUCCACUUGAUUUUGCAAUUGCUAGAAUCACAGAGGCUGUUAUUGGAUUGAUUUGUUUCAUCACCAUAGAGAUUCUCAUAUACACUGCAAGAGCAGCAACUCUAGCAAAACAUAAACUUUCACUUAGCUUGGGAACUCUUCAAGAAUGCAUCAAAGAUGUAGUUCUUUUUGACAACCAAAACAACCAAAACAACAUGCAAGCUUCAAUCUUUCCAAAAUUGAGACAGAAACAGAAGAAGUUGAAGUCCCAUGUCAAUAAGUUACAAAAGUUCAUUGAAGAAGCUGAACUGGAGCCUAAUUUCUGGUUCAUCCCUUUCAAUGGUUCUUGCUACAGAAAGCUCCUGAGGUCUUUAUCAAAGAUGGGGGAUCUUUCACUUUUUAUGUCCAACAAAAUAGAAUUUCUGUCAGUUGUCUUACAGAGAUGUGAAGUUGAUUCAGAGGACCUCCAAAAACCCCUGAAGUGCAUUAAAAAUGACAUAGAACUUUUCAAGAAAAAAGUUGAGACUUCACUGCAAUGCCUCCAAGAGCUGUCUUCCAAGAAGUCUCUUGCAGUACAUGACAAGCAUGACAUUGAGUUGGGUACAUCACCAAAAGCAAAUGAGUGUAGGUGUUUGGAGACAGAGAAGGAUGAGAUGGAAUGCAUUUUAAAUUCUUUUCUUCAACAUUCCAAUGAAGUAUCUGACAGAGUUGGUACCAAUACUGAAGGUGAGGAUCAGAAGCUGAAGAGCCAAGUUAUUGUUUGCUUGGCUGGCCUAGGGUUUUGCAUCAGUAGUUUACUCAGGGAAGUAAGAGAGAUGGAGAAAGAGUUUCAAGAACUGGUCAAUUUGGAAAACCCUUCAACCCAUGUCAUAGUAUGAAUUCUCACAUUUUUGUACUAACUUACCUGUAAAUAAGCAUGUUCUGCAUACCCGAUAUUACACCUCGGAUCUCCUACU